AUGGCGGCCACACAUGAAAUGACAAUAAAAGCUGGCAAAGCUCGCGGAAUACAAUGGUCCAACGAAGAAACACUAGCUCUACUUGACGUCUGGGGUGACGACAACAUUCAGGCUCAGAUGGAUGGCACGACCAGGGAUGCAAAAGUAUAUGUACUGCUUGCAAACACGCUGCAUCAGUUGGGCUAUGAGCGCAACGCUACUCAGGUGAAAUACAAAGUCAAAAAUUCAAGAAGGAUUAUAAGUGGUCACCCUACUGGUGUCACUGAACAGUAUGAGCCUGAUUUUGAGCUUGAAGGUCUCGAUUCAGAAAAUGAAGAUACAUUCCUGUCUGCAGCAUUUGAAAUACCUCCAUCCUUGUCUGCUCCAUCACUUGCAAAUACUACGUCAGUUGGCCUACCAGCAAUCACGUCAACACCAAAAGCAAAGAGGGCAGUCAUCUUACCAGCAAUUCCUUCUACAUCAGCUGCCACACCAGAAGAUAUUGAACCUGUUGACAACAACAAGAGAAAGUAUAAUGGCGAAAAGGUAGUUGUCAAGCAAAAGAAAAAGAGCCAUGAUGCUGGUUCUAUGAUACAGACUGCCAUUGAUGGGUUCACUAGUAUGCAGCAAGAAAGUAAAAGACGGUUCCUCGAAUCAGAAGACCACCGCCAUGCAGAAGAAAUGAGAAUGAUAAGAGAGGAACGUGAGGAAAGAGUUCAGAGAACAAGAGAUGACACUUAUCGCAAGGAACAAGAAAGAGAGAGGGAUAGACAGCAUCAGCUGCAAAUGAUGUAA